UGAUUCUCAAGGCUCCAGACGAUACACACUUUCAGGGAGUUUUUAUAGCAAGAGCGGAGCUUUGACUGCCAUCUGAUGCGCGUAGCCUUUUUCCACAUUUAUAAUUACAAAUGGCUGCUUUGCAAGAACGACUCGCAGACCUAACUCAACUCAAACACGAGACUAAAUUAGUCAUAAUCGACUCGUUGUGGCCUAGAUAUCCGCCUGUACGGCUCCAUGAUGCUGAACACCACGAUUGGAGCCCAUACUUCAACUACUACAUCAAUCAAUGCCAUCAUUCUCUGCAGGGUCAGCCUGUUGCGACGCGCACGCACGAAGAUAUAGUAAAGGUCUCUUAUCUUCUGCGGAAAAAUGCCUCACGCGAAGACAUUGAAGAGAAACUCAGAAGUGCACUCAAAACGGUCGAUGCUGGAAGAAAAGAAGCUAGUGUUACGAACGGAGGAGAGAGACUGGAGGAGAAGGUACACAACACUAUCAAUCUCGUGGCACGACUAUGCUUCAUGGUUAAUGUUGGAGUCUCAGAGGCAACAUUCACACCGGGACGCACAAAGCUACAAUGGAUUGACGGCAGCCUACGUUCAUUUUUGUCUAGUCAAUUCGAACCUAGUACGUCGUUGAAAGACGUCACUGUCAGGUUCGAGAAGGCAUUUACAGCACGGAACAUCGAGCGCAUCGCCGGCAUUACCAUACACUGGACUGACAACCUAGCUGAUCACCUACGUAUGCUGGAUGCUGACGACAAAACUGUCGCAAUAUUUCAUCACGCUUCGUUCCUGAAACACCAAGCCGCACUGGUCUUUCCACCUUUCUUCCCAUCCCUCUAUCCUACUGAUCUCAUUGAGGAAACGCUACGAACAUUGGCUCUGCUUUUUCCCCAACAUAACAGGGAAGUAAGAAUGUGGUUGCAAUCGCGGUCAGGAUCCAGUAGUCACGGAAUUGACCGACAACUGCUCAAGUGUGGUUACCUUCGCUUAGAAGAAAGACAACAGAACAACUUCCACUUCUGGCACGAUAGACUUGUCAUACUCAAGCAGGCCUACGACGAAUCGAGGCCAGCGACGCUGUCACAGUGGUGGCUUGAUCGAAGAAACACUGUGCAGUGGUAUACCUUCUGGGUGGCUAUUGUUGUGCUAUUCCUCACAAUUUUCUUUGGUCUUGUGCAGAGUAUUGAGGGUGCACUACAGGUCUACAAGGCGUACAACCCAACUACCUAAACUGGAGUUCAUGUGUAUUUAUGUAAGCAGCUAGCACGAGAGUGGGUACAAUAGUGGGUACAAUAGUGGAUUUGAUCGUUACUUGUGAGAAGUGUAAUAGGAUAUAAUUUCUUUUGAUCUGGCGUCUGCCCAAAGUGAGUAGGCAUAAAUCGUUUGUGGAAGGCGUAGUGCCUUCGUACAUCCUUCCCAGGCUGAUUAGGCUAACGCUUCUGGCGGAGCCGCCG